AUGCUACCGAGUUAUGAAGUCGUCCCUGCAGUUAGUUUGCUUCUCAUAUACCAACAAGCUGAAGUGACAUACAGAUUGAGAAAUGCCAAGGAAGCAGCAUCCAGACCAGCUGCAUUGGAAAGCCACGAGGAUCUGGCCAAGAAGCUCCAGGAGGAAAUAAAUAGAAACCGCAAGUCAUCAUCAUCGGAUGGAUCUGGUAGGCCUAUGAAGGAAGUUGCCUGUCCUACUUGUACAGUCCAUUUGCAGGUACAAGUUCUCAGUUCAGGUUCUGAGACCAUUGAAUGUGGGGUUAUCCAGCAUCCGUUUUUAGUAAGCGAACGUUGA